UCAAACGCUUCCUUCACGGAUAUGCUAGUGUCUCGUAGAGGUAUUUUCUGGUGAGGUCUCAAUAGAGUGAGUUUAUGGCUUGAAGGAGUGUGUCACCAGUUUAUGAUGAUUAUUGUUUCAGAUAAGACAAUGCGUUCCGUUUGUGCAGCCUGCACAAACUGUAGACUGUAGUCUAUUUGUCUUGACUAUUUUUGCACUUGGGAUGUAGCUUGUGUGCAUUGAAACCAGAGGAGGACAGCUUACACUUUGUCACCGAGCUCGACGUUACACGAUUCUGUCGUUGGGUUUCUGAAUGAACUAGAAGAACGCAAAACAACCAAGAGCACUUAAAUAUUUAGUUUCUGUGGACUUUUUUCUCUUCGAAAAGUGGACAGCCUACCGAGUGAAGUUUCCAUCAAAAACCACGGGGAGCUAUAUGACGAUUGCCAAACAGGUGUUGGUUUUCCCUCGCAGAAAUGCCAGUGCGUGCUGUAACCACCAGGUUCAUGUACAAGGGACUUUGCACAAUUCCGGAUAUCCUAUCGUAUCGAACACCCGUUACCUUGCCUGAGGAUGAGGUGGAAGAGAUACGGGAGGCGUUUAAGGUGUUCGACCGCGAUGGGAACGGCUUCAUCUCCAAGCAGGAGCUGGGUAUGGCUAUGCGCUCUCUGGGGUACAUGCCCAAUGAGGUGGAGCUAGAGGUCAUCAUCCAGAGGCUGGACAUGGACGGCGAUGGCCAGGUUGACUUUGAGGAGUUUGUGACCCUCCUGGGGCCAAAACUAUCUGCAGCUGGAAUGCCCGAUAAGUUCCACGGAGCAGAUUUUGACUCUGUGUUCUGGAAGUGUGACAUGCAGAAGCUGACCGUGGACGAGUUAAAGAGUCUGUUGUACGACACGUUCUGUGACCACCUCACCAUGAAAGACAUCGAGAACAUCAUUAUGACCGAGGAGAGCCACAUGGACAGCCCAGAGUGCCAAGUGGACAUCGACACAAGCCCAACACAACAGGUGAAGCAUACGUGCGUGCGGAAAAGCCUGAUUUGUGCCUUCGCCAUUGCUUUCAUCAUCAGCGUGAUGCUCAUCGCAGCCAAUCAGAUGCUCAGGAGAGGAAUGAAGUAAACACAGGAGCUCCAUCAUCUUCUCAAACAAAUGUUUUCUUUUGUUGUUGUUGUUGUUUGUUUUUGACAUUCAACUUAGUAGGUUAGAGGGAAGAAAAAGAGCUGUAACCCCAUCACCAAAUUUGAAUCUGAAAAAAUCUGGUCUGAAAUCCAUUUUAGCUUUCUCUUAUAACAACUGUCAAAAACAGGAGCGUAAAAUCUGUAAAAAAUAAAUAAAUACAAAAGUAAAAUACAGAUGUAAAAUACAUUGUUGCUUAAAGGGCUGGUAAGAAUAUCAGUCAACAACUUAAACACUCAUGGAUUUAGAGCUCAAUAAUAAGACAGGAUUGUGGAAGCAUUUCUCGGAGUGAACCUGUGUGAUCUGUGUCAUGAUAACUGGUAACUAUGUUCUCUCUGAUGUUCAGAGACCA